AUGACAUCAAGAGAAUCAGGGAGAGUAAAGGAUGCAGAGAAAAGAAGAGUACUUGACGAUGCAGCAAGAAAGAGACGCGCUCGUAAAGCUGUGGAAGCCCUUGAACAGGAUAACUUCCAUGAUGAUCCACAUGCGGAUCUGGUUAUGUCAAAGAAAGUACCAAAAUUUGCUGAUUCUAAUGAAAAACCGACAAGAAAGAAAAAAUCAAGAAGCGCAGAAUACUAUAAAUUAAGGUUUAGGAAGACAUUUGCACAGUUAGUUGAGGAAGAGGCUAGUUUUAGACCAGAACCUCCAAAUUACUUGUCCGCUCAAGCACCACCUUCUAAAUUUCCUGACCGACACUUUUGCGCAGUUUGUGGUUUUAUUUCAAACUAUACCUGUAUUUCUUGUGGGGCACGAUAUUGUUCUGUAAAAUGCCUUGGAACGCACUUGGACACGAGAUGCCUGAAAUGGACUGCAUGA